GUGUCGGGUUGGACAGUCUCGAGGUAUUGAUUGGUCGCUGUGGCGGCUGUGGGACUUGCCUGCUGUCAGUUUUGCGGGCGUUACCUGAAUAGGUCACAUGGACUCUCAUAUGGCAGCUAGUGGAGGGGCAUGCGGCAGAGUAGAGCUGGCAGCUGGCGAGGUUGGACUGUAAGGGGUGUUCCCGGGGCACAGCGGGUCUACAAUGUAUUAUGUGAUCGCCGCCAUGAAAGGAAAGAACCAGGGUACACAAAAGAGGAAGGGGGAGAGAUAACCGUAAUAGUACACUACAGUACUUUGGAAGUAUUGUGAUGGAGAAUGGAGAGACAAAGAAAAAAUCAGCUCAAAUUGAAAUAAUUCCAUGCAAAAUCUGUGGAGACAAAUCUUCAGGGAUUCAUUAUGGGGUCAUCACAUGCGAGGGUUGCAAGGGUUUCUUCAGACGAAGCCAACAGAGCAAUGCAACUUACUCAUGCCCACGACAGAAGAACUGUUUAAUUGAUAGGACAAGCAGGAAUCGUUGUCAGCAUUGUCGGCUGCAGAAAUGCCUCGCUGUGGGCAUGUCCCGGGAUGCUGUGAAGUUUGGUCGUAUGUCCAAAAAGCAGAGGGACAGUUUGUAUGCAGAGGUACAGAAACAUCGCAUGCAGCAACAGAGAGACCACCAGCAGUCACCAGGAGAGGCGGAACCUUUGAAUCCUGCAGGUUAUGGCCUAACCCCAAAUGGUCUCACUGAACUUCGGGAUGACUUAGGUGGAUACAUGGAAGAGGAAAGCAAAAAUGAUUUAGCUGUUAACAGCUUUUAUUUAGAUAUCCAGCCAUCCCCUGACCAGUCAGGCCUGGAUGUUAAUGGCAUAAAACCAGAGCCCCUAUGUGACUAUACACCUGCAUCAUCUUUCUUUCCAUAUUGUUCCUUCACCAACGGCGAGACAUCUCCAACAAUUUCCAUGGCAGAACUUGAACAUCUUGCUCAGAAUAUUUCUAAAUCACACAUGGAGACUUGCCAGUAUUUACGGGAAGAGCUUCAGCAGCUUAUGUGGCAGACUUUUCUUCAGGAAGAGAUUGAUAACUACCAGAGCAAGCAGCGAGAAGUGAUGUGGCAGCUUUGUGCUGUGAAGAUCACAGAGGCAAUACAAUAUGUGGUGGAGUUUGCCAAACGCAUUGAUGGAUUUAUGGAGUUGUGUCAAAAUGACCAAAUAGUUUUGCUGAAAGCAGGCUCUUUAGAAGUUGUAUUUAUCAGAAUGUGUCGUGCCUUUGAUUCACAGAAUAACACAGUCUAUUUUGAUGGCAAAUAUGCUGGCAUAGAGGUCUUCAAAGCCCUAGGAUGUGAAGACUUUAUAAGUUUUGUCUUUGAGUUUGGGAAGAGUUUGUGCUCUCUACAUUUAACAGAGGAUGAGAUUGCCCUGUUCUCUGCCUUUGUUCUGAUGUCUGGAGACCGAUCUUGGCUUCAGGAGAAGAUGAAGAUUGAGAAGCUCCAGCAAAAGAUUCAACUGACCCUACAGCAUGUUUUGCAGAAAAAUCAACGUGAGGAUGGUAUUCUGACAAAGUUAAUAUGCAAAGUCUCAACACUGCGUGCAUUAUGUGGGCGGCAUGCAGAGAAACUCAUGGCAUUCAAAGCAAUAUACCCAGACAUCGUCAGGCAUCACUUUCCACCACUCUACAAGGAACUUUUUACCUCUGAAUAUGAACCAGCAAUGCAACUGGAUGGAUAGAUGAGCCAUUAGGCAAAUAUCUGGAUUACCCACCUGCAUAGAAAUUUAAUACAUUUGCACACGUACAUGCACGUGUAAACAGCAAGGAGGAACCAAGACACUUUACACAAACCUGAGUGUCAGUGGAGAAGGUGAAGGGUGACACGAACAGACUUUUGUCCUUGACUUCUAACCCACCAAUCAGGUUUAUUGUUUACAAAAGGCUAAUGAAAGAGCUUAAGGACCAACUGCAGGGCAGGCUAAUAAGCUAUAACCACACCUGCAUUUUAACCAUGAGACUUCUUAGGUCUCUAGCAAUACAAGUAAAAUAUUUAUAUAUAUAAAUAAGUAUAUGUAUUACAGGGUAUGUGGGCAUGAACAAUUUUUUUAGGAUAUGGAGAUAUUGUUUAAAAUGUAGAGGCCAGAUUUAGUUUGUCUGGUCUGAAUCAAUAAGGCACUUUUCUGGAUUUGUUUUCCCCCGUUUCCUGAUGUGCUGUCCCUUGUUCAGUGAAAUGUGUUUGGCUGUUUCUUUCCCCUCUUUGCUUGUUUUUAUUUUUCCUUUCAAAUGCACAUAUAAAAUUUGAGAUUUAGUGAAAAAGCAAUAGAUACUGGAGGAAGAUGGCAGAGAGGUAAUUGCUGCUGUUUUUCUUUGAUUGAGGACAGAAAAUACAGCUGGUCCAUUUAGUGUGUAGAAUAUGUGUUUGGGUGUUGCAAGGGGUUACAUUAGUCUUGAGUGAGAUGGAAGUUAUUACUUCAUAAUCAUGAAUGGAUAUGCUGAUGAGCUAGGCAUUUGGAUGUGUAAAGGAACAAAAAAGCUGAGUUCAGUAAAUGGUCUGUGUCACCUUGUGUUUCAAGUGGUAAAUGUCAGAUGUAUCCAUUAGCUGUUACUGUAUCACCUUGCAGAAGGCCAAAUAUAAGAAGCCAUUUGGGAUUAUUGCAGGUUACAAAUCAAUCGGCCCUCACACUUCUUCUAAGAACACACCCUACAACAUUUUCAUGGCUUUGCUUUUAAAGGGGCAGUUUUUUUGUUUUACUCUAAAACACUCUAAAAAUUUGUAUUUAGUGUAAAAACCAUGAAAAACUGUAAUACAGAACUGUUACAAGU